UCUUCCUGUACGAUGUUGUUGGGUUUUUCCACUUUGUCUCAAGGCUGAGACUAAAAGUCGCUACAAAACACAGCCUCCCCUGUGCUGUGCAUGCAUGAGCCUGUCAGGGCCUGACAAAUGUUGGAGAUCACAGAUCACAGUCGAUGCAUUGCAUAUGGUUGGUUGUUAGAUCGCACCAGUUUGUCUCACAGUUAAUUCCGCUUUAUUUACCCUCGAUUCCGUAGAAGCAUACUCGACACCACGUGAGGUUGUAUUGUUGCGCGCCCGAUAAACGGACCGGCAGAGUUUAAAUGCGACCGUUUCGCCUGACCAACAUUGUGACAUUAUCAAUAGUCUCGUCGUCUUGGUGGAUCGCAUGGGCCGGGCGACCCUUCAAGGCUGAAAGCGACAGCCUAGACCAAACCCGUCGAUAGACAAUGACCCAGAUGUGACGUUAGAGUCUUGGAAACAUAAUUGUCCCUUCAGUGUUCUCCAUUUUUAUCUGCGCGGUCCUGUCAUAUGUUGUGUUGCGUUCCUGAUUGGGCAACCAUUGCGCAACUUGAAGAGGUCGAAAUCGCGAUGGAUUGGAUGGGGGGCCAAGUCGAUGAACUGCAUGACCGAGGCCAAGCAAUUAAAUCCCGAGCCUAAGCUUGAGGCUGUGCAGUGUCAUGUUAAAAAGGUGUCAGAGCCCAAAAGCUUGUUUGAUUCCUGUCUAAAGGAUGUGAGGUUGUGGAUGGACUAUGUGGCAGUGCAUUCAAAAACGAACGAUGAAGGUUUCAGCUCUUCUAUGACAGAGUCGCAACGAAGGGCACUAUUAUCCUUGUCAGAUUUAGUUUCUCUUGAUUUAUAAAUAACACCUAAAGGUUAGAUUUAUUCCCAUGGCCGAAUAUUUAAAACUACACGUGACACACGAUUAACGUGAUGGUUCCAUCGUACAACGUGAAUAUGACAACAACCUAGACUACUGUGUUAACGUGUAAUAGACAUGACAUAGCUAACCUCCUUAAGUGCGCUCUCCAUCCACCGGCCCUGACGGAAAGCAUUCAGCGGAAUAUCAUCUCAAUAAUGAUAAAGUCGAGAAUGAACUGGUCUAGUGCUCAAGGAGUGUGCCUACCCGUGACCACUACAUGGGAUGACCGGCACCCAUGACAUUUCCCAGCCGCUAAACCGGAAUUGGUCUCCUCAACCUCAGCUCUUUCAUCUUCACGCAAGAACAAGACUGGAUUGCAUCUUCGUGAAACUCAGGACUAUAACCGCCCAGUCACUUACCUACGUCUCGCUAUACACAAAGCUUAGAGACUCACACACAAUCAUCUGCGGGAUUGUUGCUCGCACGCUCUCAGGAGGCAAUACGCUUACCAUGUUCCAGCCUCACCCCGGUGAUCAAUUCCACCUCCGCCUUCACAGAGCACGUUCAGUUGUAUUGACGACACAAGAGUAAGUUCAGUACCACUGAGACAGGAUUCACCCUAGACAACAAUCCACAUUCGAUGUCGUAUGAGGACGAAGACAUGUUAUUGUCCGCAGUCUGGAAGACACGAGAUGAAAACGAUGCACCUUACUGACAUGUACAGGCUCGUUGAGGUCAGAGCAGCUCAGCGUACCUUCGAAGGUGCCUAUGUCCGCACAGCUCUCGGCCAGUUCUCAUUCGCCCUUAUUAUCCUCAAAGUAUUCACCGAAGAGUUCUAUGCCAUCGGCGCCCUUUUUGCUGUGUACGGGGUUGCAGUAAUGCUCGUAGCCAUAUACCGCCGAUAUGAAGGCCAGAACCAGUUCUUUACUUCUGAAUCCGCGGACGGGUCACUGAAGCGGAAGUUCAGGACGAGCGGGAAUAGUGUAUUGUUGCUGACCAUACUGAGCUUGAGUGCGUAUAUAACUUUGAUGGUUUUGACGUGGCGUCUAGUUUCAUAAAGUCACUUUUUGCACUGUCGUGUCAGGAAACGCCAGUUCUCAUGCAACACAGCACCUGGAUAUCUUAAGAUAUCAUCGGAUCUCUACAGGAUAGUAAUACCUUGCACAUUUGAAGCAGAUUAAUAUUCUCCCCUUCUGUGCUGCUUGCGACUCAUUCCUCUCCAUUGCGCCUAGGUCCUUACUUUUCAUAGGGAAGAUAAAGAGAGAUUAGCUCUGAACGAUCCUGAGAAUAUAUGAUAACAGACCAUCACCCCAACUGUUGCUGUAGAUAUAAUAACUGGAAACACUCGAAAUUUGUUACUACUGAGCAUGGCUCUUAUCAAGACACAUUUAGUAGAUCUCAAGUGCAGACAUCAAGUUUAUGUAAAUCUUAUUAAUAUCCCAGUGAUAGAACAAGGCGACAUACUAAAAAGAACACUUUAUCUUACACACACUCUUAGUUAGAAUGAAUAUUUGCCUUUAUCCCACAAAUACUCUCAAUAACUAUGCUAAUAAC